CUAGUCCCAUGUCACCUCAGGGAAAAAAAAACAAAUAACAAAUAACGAAAAAAAAAAAAAUCUAAUGCCAUGUAAUAAUUUCCAAGCUGCAGCACAUGCCAUUUUUUUUUAUUUCUCUUUUUCCGAUGCUUUCUCAAAGUGUAAAUUAUUGGUGAUAAAAUUCUCGUUCCUUUCUUUUGAUUCAUACUCGAAAGAGCUUCGAUUUUUAUACACAGAUUCCUCUUCAACACUCCAAUCCUCGUUUCUUCUUUUCGAGAUCCUAUUUUGUGAAUACCCGAUCCAAUCCAUCUUAUAAGCUUUGAUUCCAUAUCCCCUCAAUUCCGAAUCAAAAGCUUCAAUUUUUGCACAACAAUCCUCCCCCUGUCAUACUCAAAAUCCGAUUUUUCCCAACACGCAAUCCAAUUCACCUCCUUUUGCACAACACCCAUUUGUGGAAUUUCCCCAGAGACCCCAAAUUCACACUUCGAUGCCCAAAUUGUAGUAGUAGGCUUCUUCUUCUCCUUCUUCUCCUUGUGCUUCUUCUUCUUCUUCUUCUUCUUCUUCUUCCCCACGGGCACAGGCCACAGGCCACAGGCUACAGGACACAGGCCACAGGAUAGCCAUGUCGCUCGCAUGCGGCCUCCCCGUCGUGGAGUGCGUCUACUGCCUCGCAUGCGCGCGCUGGGCGUGGAAGCGCUGCGGCCACAGCGCGGGGCAGGAGAGCGCGUCGUGGGCGCUCGCGUCCCCGGAGGAGUUCGAGCCCGUGCCGCGCAUGUGCCGCACCAUCCUCGCCAACUACGAGGACGACCUCGCGCACCCGCAGUUCGCGCCCCCGGGGGGCUACCGCAUAGACCCCGCCUGCGUCGUCCGCCGCAAGAACUACGCGGACACCCGCGGCCGCGUCACCCCCUACCUCAUCUACCUCGACCACGACCACGCCGACAUCGUCCUCGCGCUCCGCGGCCUCAACUUGGCCAAAGAGAGCGACUACGCCGUGCUGCUCGAUAACCGGCUCGGAAAGAGGAAGUUUGACGGGGGUUACGUGCACAAUGGCUUGCUGAGAGCAGCUGGAUGGGUGUUGGAUGCGGAGUGCGAUGUGUUGAAGGAAUUGGUGGCCGAGUACCCGACUUACACGUUAACUUUCGCCGGGCACUCGCUGGGGUCCGGCAUCGCGGCGAUGCUCGCGGUGGUGGUGGUGCAGAACAGGGACAAGCUGGGCAAUAUCGAGAGGAAAAGGGUCCGCUGCUACGCGAUCGCGCCCGCACGGUGCAUGUCCUUGAACCUCGCCGUCCGGUACGCCGAUGUGAUCAACUCGGUCGUGCUUCAAGAUGAUUUCCUGCCUCGCACAGCUACUCCUUUGGAAGAUAUUUUCAAGUCAAUCCUCUGCUUGCCAUGCUUGCUAUGUUUGAGAUGCAUGAGAGACACAUGCAUACCAGAAGAUGUUCUGUUGAGAGAUCCAAGGAGGCUCUACGCGCCUGGUCGACUCUAUCAUAUUGUCGAGAGAAAACCAUUCAGAUGUGGAAGAUAUCCACCAGUUGUUAGAACAGCAGUGCCAGUUGAUGGUCGGUUUGAGCACAUUGUUCUUUCUUGCAACGCCACUUCCGACCAUGCCAUUAUUUGGAUUGAGAAAGAAGCUCAAAAAGCCUUAGAUUUGAUGCUCGAAAGGGAACAGAUAAUGGAAAUACCAGCAAAGCAGAGGAUGGAGAGAAAGGAGACGCUACGGCGAGAGCACAUGGAAGAGCACAAGGCGGCACUUCGGAGGGCGGUCACUUUGGCCGUCCCCGAUGCCGAGUCCCCAUCGACGUAUGGUACGUUCAGCGAGGACUCUAGUGAAAAAGGAUGUGAGAGUUCUCCGGCCUCAUCUCGGAAAAGCGGACAGAGAAUGAGCUGGGACGAGUUGAUUGAGCGAGUGUUCGAGAAGAAUGAGUCGGGGAAAAUGGUACUAAGACAGUCGCUCUCUCCUGGUGAUGGUGAAUCUUUGACGUAGAUUACCAUUCGGUAGUUGUUGUAAAAUUAGCUGUUAUUAUUAAUCAGUAACACAUUGAUAUUUUUAAGAGGUGAUUUUUUUUUUUCUUUUGAGUGUUUUUGUGUGAUGAAAUGCUUGAGUGUUGUGGUAAUGGAAGUAGUAAUUUUGUCUGUGUAAUUGAUGAACUUGAUUUUGAAUGGCAAAUAAAAUGCUAUCUAGAAUUUGUGCUAGUAAAA